AUGUUGAAAUACGCCGUCGUUCUCUUCGCUCUGAUCGCUUGCGCCGCCGCCAAGCCCGGUCUGCUUGCUGCCGCUCCAUUGACCUAUGCUGCUCCCGCCGCCGUCAUUGCUGCUCCAGCUCCAGUGGUGACUGCCACCAGCAGCCAAGUGAUCGCUCGCAACUACAAUGGCAUCGCCGCUGCUCCAAUUGUCGCCGCCGCUCCCGUGGCCGCCCCUCUGGUUGCGCGUUAUGCUGCUGCCCCAGUUGUAGCCCGUUACGCGGCUGCUGCUCCUCUCGCCACUCCUCUUGCUGCCCACUAUGCCGCUGCUCCACUCUUGUGGUAA